GUGGUGUGCGAGUGACCACCUCCACCGCCCAGCAUCUCGGCCGCCAAUCGCGGAGUUACCAGCGCGUGAGACGGCGGCGAUAGGGGCCCCGUGUCGUCGGGGUUGGACCAGCCACAUGGCCCCCGCCCCCACCGCCCCAGUCACCACCCCGUCGCCACCCAGGGCCAGACUGAGACGCGGCUUGCCGAGGGACUGCGACUCGGCGCUGUCGCCACCCAACCGUGCUAAUCGGAGGUGCGGGGGAAGCGACGAGGAGGCGCCAUGGGUGUGGACGGGAGAAUUGCCGUGAUUAAAUACCUCAUCUUUAUCUUCAACCUCCUCUUCUGCCUCUCCAGCCUGUGCCUCGUCGCGGUCGGGGCUCUGAUGCUGAGCGACUCGGACGCCGUCCUCAGCGACGCGCCGACCGUCGCCUCGCUCUGCGUCAUGGCCCUGGGCCUCGUCGUCUUCCUCGUCUCCUUCUUCGGCUGCUGCGGGGCGCAGCGCGAGAGCCACUGCAUGAUGGCCACGUUCUCUGCUCUGAUGUUCCUGAUCUUCUUCCUGGAGCUCGGGCUCGGAGUCACCGCCUACUUCUUCAGACACCAGGUGCGUGAGCUGGUGGAGGUGAAGGUGUGGAAGCUGCUGGAGAAGCACCCCGAGGCGACGGUGGACGAUCUUCUGGGGAAGAUGCAGACCCAGCUCAAGUGCUGCGGGGUGACCUCCUUCGACAACUGGUUCGCCUCCAGCAACAGCAGCGGCAGCAACAGCAACAGCAGCAGCGGCAGGGUCCCCGACAGCUGCUGCAUCUACCCCCGGGAGCGUUGUGGAGACAACGUGGAUGCGAGCACCGCCUCCGCAGUGAUCUACACCGAGGGCUGCCUGUCCAUGGUGGAGUCGAUCUUGCUCCAGAACGCGUUGCUCGUGGGCGGCGUUGCCCUCGGCCUGGCGCUCAUCCAGAUAAUCAGCAUCAUCCUCGCCUGCUGCCUCAUGAAGGGAAUCCGCGACUUCCACAAAUACGACGUUGCCGAAAUUGAGCCGUGCCCUGCCUCCAAGUGGGACCGCGGGGUCACCCUCGAGUGACCCCCCCCCCCCCCCCCCGCUGGGGUCACCCUCGAG